UGGCUCCCGGCGCCGGCCACCACCCGGCACCCGCUGCAGCCGCCGUACCCGCGGCCGUACCGCUUCCUGCUCAACGAGCCCCACAAGUGCCGCGGCCCGCGGCCGCCGUUCCUGGUGCUGCUGGUGGCCUCGCGGCCGUCGGACGCGGAGGGCCGCGCCGCCAUCCGCCGCACGUGGGGCUCGGAGCUGGCGGUGCCCGGCGUCCCGCUGGUGCGGCUGUUCCUCACCGGCGUGCACCCGGUGUUCGGCGCGGAGCUGGGGCGGCUGCUGGCGGAGGAGAGCGGCGCGCACCGCGACGUGCUGCAGCAGGACUUCGUGGACACGUACCACAACCUGACCCUCAAGACGCUGAUGGGGCUGCAGUGGGUGGCCCGCCACUGCCCCGCCGCCCGCUACGUGCUCAAGGCCGACUCCGACGUCUUCCUCAACGUCCCCUUCCUGGUGCGCCGCAUCCUGCGGCCCGGCCGCCCCCCGCGCCGCCGCUUCGCCCUCGGCCACGUCUACCGCGGCACCGGGCCGCUGCGGAACCCCCGCAUCAAGUGGUUCGUGCCGCGCCAGGUCUACCCGCACCGCUCCUACCCGCCGUACUGCGCCGGCCCCGCAUACGUGCUGUCCGGCGACGUCGCCGUGGCGGCGUUCGGCGCGGCGCAGGAGCUGCCGCUGCUCAACAUGGAGGACGCCUUCGUGGGGCUCUGCCUGCGCUCCCUGGGGGUCGCGGUCACCGACGGCCCCCCCGGCGCCUUCAACGUGGUGCGGCUGCCCUACGAGCGCUGCCGCUUCGGCCGCGCCGUCGUGGUUCAUCGCUACGAGCCGCGGGAGGUGCUGAGGAUCUGGCCGGACUUCACGGCUGAGAACGGGACGUGUCCGCCGUGGGGGGGGUGGGACGGGUAG